CAUCUUGACGCUCCUCUCUGUUGCUAAGCGCGUUGCGUGGCGGAGCAGUCAGGCUUUCUCCGCCGCUUCUUACACCUUGCGCAGGCCAACUGGACACGGCUUGAUGUGCCGUACUGGCCGGAGUUGCUGAACCAGCGCACUUUUUCAUCGUCUCCCCUCCCCGUGUCUGUCAUGCUGAAGAUGAUGGCUGGCGGCUAAUUCCAACUUCGGACUGCUUUGUUUUUCCUUCUCAGCAGCGCACUUCAUUGACACAACACUUGUGCGGGGCGGGGAUGAGCGGCUGCCCGGACCUUACAAGUCAGUGACGCUGUGAUGACGGAAGUGGAGCCUGUGCUCGACUUUGCCUCCUCGGGCCGCUCUGGGAGGAGAAAUGCCCUUCCGGACAUCCUCGGAUCUCCAGCAGGAGUAAAUCCUGGCGACCUGCCUCUUAAACUGGCCGAGCUGUCCCUCGAAGAUGGCCCAGGAGGAGCUCAGUCACCCACGGCAGAGGAGCCUCCCACGCCACCGGAGAGCUCAGAGGAGAAAAAUGGAUCGUAGAACCUUGCUUAUUUAACUCCCCAAAAACAAUGCAGAGAUCACCUGAGAGGAAGGAUAGGGAGCGAGGCAGGGAGCGACCAGUGGAAGAAUGAACAAGGAUCCGUGGAGAGUCUGUCUGCGUUGCAGAGCAGCAGAACCACAGGGGGAGAGAGACAGAGGGACCCCCGAGAGGACUGAAGCCUGGAGCUUCGGACUGCUUAACACUUCGCACUAUCUGAAAAAAAUUCAGAUGACACUUUGUUCUGAAUCUGUUGGUGUCUAUCUGUGCAAAGGUGGCUCAUACAGCUACUGAGAACACAACCCAGAGAAUCAAAGGGACUGUAAACAUUUGCACACUGUACAUUACUAUUUUUGUAUGAUUUAUUUAAAACUAAGGAACUCAAAACUAUAAUUUCUCUUAAUUUGCUUUUUUUCCCUUUUUAUAAUGUCUGGUUUGUUCAGCUUUGGUACGAGCUGGAAUUUGACAGCUUUGAACCUUUUUAUCCCCCAUCAGUUCAAACUGAUAUUUACCUUGAGUGAAUAAAGGAACUGUUUCUGUUGUCUUGCUCAGAUAUGCUUUAACUCUAAAUGUGGAUUCUCUGCUGUAUGUUUUCAAAUUUGAGGCUGGGCUGGGGUGCACUGCACUUUUACUGCUUCUACCAGUUAGACUAUUUCAAAUUGGAACUGUCCAUAUGAUGAAGUGUAAUUACUUGGAAAAAUCCAGUGUGGUUUCCAAAUCUUGAGACAUUCCUCUAGAGAACAGUGAUGCACUGCCAAUGAUGCCCCAUACGGUUUUAUAACAUUGCUGAUAGUAUAAUAGUGAUUUAAAAUGUAUUUAGAAUUUUGAUGAAGGCUGCUUAUUUUCCAAAUCUCUGAAAGCUUGUGCCUAGUGGCAAUUUAGCUGUAAAGUACUGUUAUCUUCUAACUUUGGGCUACUGAUAUUUCGUCAGAUUUAACUGGAGGUCCAUCUUUACAACUGUGGGCACACAUGGACCUGUUGUGUAAAAUCUCUCCGUUUUGUGUCAGCUGUUCUUUGUCCCAACUACAGCAUAUGCCUGCUGCAAACAAUGUGUUUCCCGCAGGGAGCACGGCGGCACGCUCGCCUUCUGCCUCUCCUCCCAGAGGAAAGUCUGUUCACAGUCGUCAACACAUAAGCCGAGCUGUGAAUUGGCUGUGGGGCUGAGUGCUACAAGCAAGAGACGGAGUCCCACCUUGUCAGCUAGCUGCUCAGCGCUACUGUAUAUAAACUGUACUGAAGUGAAACUCACGUUAUAUGUUGCUGCAUGUGUGGUUGCUAGACUGUACCCACAAAGCAAUGCUGUUCUGUGAUUGUCUCUAUUGGAACAUGUGUUGCUGGUGGCUGUUUGUCUUUGUGUGGAUGUUAUCUCACGAUUGCAACAAGGGAAGCCGUGUUCCGCUGCUCUGUUUCAGAUGCUGUAAUCCCAUUGAGGUGGUUUUCAUGAAGCUGUAUGACCUACAUCAUGAAUCAGAGGUGUGUUUUGUAGUGUCCUAAUCUCUUAAGUGGUGCAUAUGUCUUACUUAGCUGGACUGAAUCCAUAAUGUUGAUUCUAUCUGGUUGUGAAAAUUGCCAUAUUAAAUCCACAAGCUUUA